AUGAGGAAGACUGCGUUACUACUCAUUGUACUGCUCGGCGUCGCUUACUUUACGACUGAAUGCAGAUGUGAAGAUGAAGGGUUCGAGGAGCUUGAGGACGACGAGGAGGAUAGUGACGAACAGGAGGAAGAUGAAGAUGACGACACAGAGGUUAAAGAAGAGAAUGGAGUACUGGUUCUGACUGAUGCCAACUUUGACACCUUCAUAGAGGGCAAAGACACUGUGCUUGUGGAAUUCUAUGCUCCAUGGUGUGGUCACUGUAAACAGUUUGCGCCAGAGUACGAGAAGAUCGCGCAAACCCUAAAAGAGAACGAUCCUCCCAUCCUGGUAGCUAAAGUGGAUGCCACAGAGGCAAAGGACCUGGGAAGCAGGUUCGACGUGUCGGGCUAUCCCACCAUCAAGGUCUUGAAAAGAGGUGAAGCUGUGGACUACGAUGGAGACAGGACUGAGAAGGCUAUCGUUGAACGCGUUCUCCAGAUCUCUCAACCUGACUGGAAGCCCCCACCUGAGGCUACGCUAGUGCUCACCAAGGAUAACUUUGACGAGACUGUCAACAAUGCUGAAAUUAUCUUGGUGGAAUUUUAUGCUCCCUGGUGCGGACACUGUAAGCGUUUGGCACCCGAGUACGAGAAGGCGGCCCAGGAGUUAAGCCGGCGCUCGCCUCCCAUCCCGCUCGCCAAAGUGGACGCCACUGUGGAGAGCGAAGUGGCCUCCCGCUUCGACGUCAGCGGCUACCCCACCCUCAAGAUCUUCCGGAAGGGCAAAAUUUUCGAGUACAAUGGGCCUAGAGAGAAGCACGGCAUUGUGGACUACAUGGCUGAGCAGGCGGGCCCCCCCUCCAAACUGGUGCAUCUAACCAAACAAAUGCAGGAAUUACUGAAAGAUGGCGACGACGCAGUCAUAGUUGGUGUCUUCUCCAGUGAACAGGAUGCGGCUUAUGAGGUCUACGUCGAGGCUUGUAACUCACUCAGGGAAGACUUCACCUUCCGUCACACCUUCAGCGCCGAGGUGGCCAAGCUGCUUAAAGCCUCUCCCGGUCAGGUGGUCAUCGUUCAGCCAGAAAAGUUUCGCUCCAAAUACGAGCCAGCCUCACGUACUCUUCCAGUAAAGGACUCUACAUUGGUUUCGGAUGUGCAGGAGUUUUUUAAGAAGCACGUAACUCCUCUAGUGGGCCACAGAAAGCCAAGCAAUGAUGCCAAACGCUACACCAAGAGGCCGCUUGUGGUGGUUUACUACGGAGUUGACUUUAGCUUUGACUACAGAAAAGCCACUCAGUUCUGGAGGUCCAAAGUGCUGGAGGUGGCCCAGGACUUCCCCGAAUACACGUUUGCCAUCGCCGACGAGGAAGACUACGCGGAUGAGCUGAAGAAUCUGGGCUUGAGCGAGAGCGGCGAGGAAGUCAACGUCGGGAUUCUGGCUGAAGGUGGCAAAAAGUUUGCCAUGGAGCCUGAUGAGUUUGACGCCGACUUGCUGAGGGAAUUUGUUCUGGCUUUCAAGAAGGGAAAACUGCAGCCCAUCAUCAAGUCCCAGCCGGUGCCGAAGAACAACAAAGGACCGGUGAAGGUUGUCGUAGGAAAGACCUUCGAAGAGAUCGUCAAAGACGCCAAGAAGGACGUCCUGGUGGAGUUUUACGCACCCUGGUGCGGACACUGUAAAAAAAUGGAGCCGGAGUACUUGGCGCUGGCCAAGAAGUACAAGGACGAGAAGAACCUGGUGAUCGCCAAGAUGGACGCCACGGCGAACGACAUCCCCGACGACAAGUACAAAGCGGAAGGUUUCCCCACGAUAUACUUUGCGCCGAGCGACGGCAAACACAAGCCUGUCAAAUUCGAAGGCGGCGACAGAACGGUGGACAGCUUGAGCAAGUUUUUGGAAGAGCACGCCACCAAGUUAUCGCACACGCGAGACGAGCUUUGA